AUGCUCACCGAUAUCACUUCACCCCUCGGACUCCCUCCACCGGGUAAUAUCCCUGCAGCAAUCACGCGAUCUUCGCCUUUGUUCUCUCAUUUUCUUACAGUCCAAUCCCGUAUCCUCGCCAUGCUAUCAUUCGUCAAGCUCGCAUCCAUUGCUGCCUUCGCUUUCGGCACCUUGGUCUCCGCCUCUGCUGUGCUAGCCGCCGAGAAAGCUGUGCCUGCAGUUCUCGUCCCACCCACCAUCAUUGCCCAUGUGGCCCCAGCUCCCGAAACAGCCCUUUAUCAGCGCGAUGAACUCAGUAGUAUUGCUGCCAUCAUUGGGAACCUCACCGCUGCUUUAGAGCCCGUGCUGAAAGACCUCUCUGGUCUCUCCUCUGCCAAUAUCACCUCCAUCGAGAAACUUGUCGGUGACAUUAGCACCCUUAUCAAAUCCGCCACCUCCGCAAUUUCAAGUCUCUCUGGCCAGUCUCUCGAUUCAAUUCUUUCCUCCCUCGAUGGAGGCAGCACGCUCGGCAUUGGCGAUAUCGCGUCUCUCCUUGGCGGGUUAUUGACCGACAUCUUCAAUGCUAUCAGCCUUGCUACUUCGGGAUCUACCGACUCCACGAGCAUCAUUAACAUGAUAACGUCGCUUGUUAAGGACAUUGAGCCCCUGUUAGCCGCCAUCAUUUCAGUCAGUGGUCUACCGGGCGCGAGUAUUAUUGUAGCUUUACUACCCCUCAUCGUCGAUAUCCUCCCUGCUUUCCUCAAGCUCAUCAUCCCGGCGAUUCUGUCGUUGCUCUGA